AUGAAAUCUAAAUUCUCUACAGAUACGAUAUUUCUCCAAACAGAUUCUAAGUUUUGGAGAAAUGAGUAAAUUUAAAUACGGGAUUAGGAAUUUAAAGAAGAUUAUUUUCUCUUCUACUCUAAUACUAAAAAAACAUACAAAAAUAAAGCUUUGAAAAGGCAUGGUACGAUUAUAAAAAAACUGAAAAAAAAUGUAUAAUUAUUUAGAUGUAAAAAGGGAUUAGAAUUAUGGUGUGAUGUUACCAAUGCGAUAAUCGAGAUAUUUGAGAUCCAACAUGUAGGUCAGGGAUUGAGGAUAAGCAAAAAUUCAUACUCCUUAGAGUUCUUCGGGUACGUUGAUGGUUGGUUCAAGGAAUUAAAGAAAUUCUGUAUUCAAAAACAGAUAAAAAAUCAAUUCAUAAUCAGCAAUAAAUUAGGUUGCGGGAACUAUGCAGAUGUCCAUAGACUCAUAAGGAAGAGUGACGAAAAAGAAUUUGCUGUAAAAAUUUAUGAGAAAUUAUCUAAUAAAUUUGAUUCCGAAUGUGUCCUAAAGGAACUGGAAAUACUGAGAAAAAUGGAUCAUCCAAAUGUGAUUACAGUUUUAGAGACUUUUGAAUCGUAGAAAUACAUAUUCAUAGUCACCGAAAUAUUAAUUAGUGGAAAUUUAGAUGAUGUCCUUACUAAAACAGCACUGUCCGAAGACGACGCUAUUAAAGGUAUCUUCAAAAUCAUUGAUGCCCUGACAUAUAUCCAUUCAAAAGGAGUAAUACAUAGAGAUAUUAAACCUGAAAAUAUUUUAUUUAGAAAACCUAACCUUGAAGAAAUAGUCAUAUCUGAUUUUGGAUUAGCUGAAUAUCACAACGAAGAAGGCCUUUAUAAAUAUCAUCGCUGUGGGACUGCAGGCAAUAUGGCCCCAGAAAUUUUAAAAGAUCUUUCUUAUGGUUAUAAAGCUGAUUGCUAUAGUGUUGGGAUCAUAUUUUUUUAAAUGCUAACUCAAGGGCAAUCCCCAUUUAUUGUUGAAGACUAUUAAGAAACACUCCAAAGAAAUGAAUAAGGGUUGAUAGAUUUCUCAAUUGUUCAAUCCUCUCCUGCUGUAAUGAAUCUUUUGAAACAAAUGUUGGACCCAGAUCCCUUUAAGAGAUGCACUCUCUAAGAAGCUAGAUCUAAUAUGAUUUUCAAGAAGUUCAAUCGACAAACCAUAAUUAUUAAAAGAAAGAGGAUCUAGUAGGAACAUACAGUCUCUAGUUAUAGUCCAAGAAGUACCUCAAUUUACCAAAGCCCAACAAAUUAGGCUUCCCCUCCCAUCCCUAUAAGUCCUUCAUAUAAAUAUGUGGGUUUCAAAAAUCUCCAUUCGAUUCCGCUCAGACUUAGGAGCCACGAAAGAAAAUUAUUUUCAUCUCCAAACUAAUCAAAUUCAGGUGCAAAUAGUGCUAAAUUAUAAAUAAAAUAAAAAAACUCAAAUUUUAAAAUAAAUCAGAAAAAUAACAAAACUAGUUUAUACUAGGGUAUGAGUUCAAAUAAAGCCAUAUGA